GCCCGGGGGCGUCACAUCCAGUACCGGCAAGCAUGGCUCCUCCCCCUCCGCACGCGCACACGCGCACGCGCGCGCGCGCGCGCACACAGUCUGCUGUGCCUUUAAGUGGUAACCGGCGUGUGGCUGCGCGUCAAGCGGGUUCUCGGUGCGCGCUCUCCCGCAGUGACAUGGCGUAAGACGGCGGCGUGAGUGUGCAUUAUCCUCCCGGCGCCAUGGAGGCAAUCCGCACGACCGCGACCACCACCACCACGACGACGAUGACGACGUUGAUGAUGAAGACGGUGAUGGCGGCAGCGUCCGCCGCCGCGCUGGAGGACCUGGCCACGGAGAAGGAAGCCGAGGAGAGCCACCGGCAGGACAGCGUCAAUCUGCUGACCUUCAUCCUGCUGCUGACCCUCACCAUCCUCACCAUAUGGCUGUUCAAGCACCGGCGCGUGCGCUUCCUGCACGAAACCGGCCUGGCCAUGAUUUACGGUCUGCUGGUGGGCGUCGUCCUGCGUUACGGCAUCCCCGCCGGCAGCUACCGCAACGGGAGCCCGCCCAGCUGCGCGCUGGCCGCGGGGCCCGCCAGCAGCAGCCUGCUGCUCAACGUCAGCGGCAAGUUCUUCGAGUACACGCUCAAAGGCGAGAUCGACUCCCGCGACAUUCACAAUGUGGAGCAGAACGACAUGCUGCGCAAGGUCACCUUUGACCCGGAAGUCUUCUUCAACAUCUUGCUGCCUCCCAUCAUUUUCCAUGCCGGCUACAGCCUGAAGAAGAAACACUUCUUCAGGAAUUUGGGCUCCAUUCUCACCUACGCAUUCCUUGGGACUGCUGUCUCGUGUUUCGUAAUUGGGAACCUGAUGUACGGCGUGGUCAAACUGAUGCAAGUGGUCGGCCGGCUGAGCGACAAGUUCUACUACACCGACUGUCUUUUCUUCGGCGCCAUCAUCUCCGCCACCGACCCAGUGACGGUGUUGGCCAUCUUCAACGAGCUGCACGCGGACGGCGACUUGUACGCUCUGCUGUUCGGGGAGAGCGUCAUGAACGACGCCGUGGCCAUCGUGCUGUCCUCCUCCAUCUUGGCCUACCAGCCCCGAGGCGCCAACACACACACGUUCGACGCUUCGGCCUUCUUCAAGUCCGUCGGGGUUUUCCUGGGAAUUUUCAGCGGUUCCUUCACGAUGGGUGCCGCCACCGGGGUGGUCACCGCUCUCGUGACCAAGUUCACUAAGCUGCACUGCUUCCCCCUGCUGGAGACGGCCCUCUUCUUCCUCAUGUCCUGGAGCACCUUCCUGCUGGCCGAGGCCUGCGGGUUCACGGGUGUGGUGUCUGUGCUUUUCUGUGGCAUAACACAGGCUCACUAUACCUACAACAACCUUUCUGUGGAGUCCACCAAGCGUACCAAGCAGCUCUUCGAGGUGCUUCACUUCCUGGCUGAGAACUUCAUCUUCUCCUACAUGGGCUUGGCUCUUUUCACCUUCCAGAAUCACAUCUUCAGCCCCAUCUUCAUCACGGGUGCUUUUAUGGCAAUCUUCCUGGGACGAGCCUUUAACAUCUACCCGCUCUCCUUCCUGCUCAACCUGGGCCGCAGACACAAGAUCACAGGCAACUUCCAGCACAUGAUGAUGUUUGCUGGACUGCGCGGGGCGAUGGCCUUUGCCUUGGCCAUCCGCGACACGGCCACCUACGCCCGCCAGAUGAUCUUCACCACCACGCUGCUCAUCGUCUUCUUCACCGUGUGGGUCUUCGGGGGCGGAACCACGCCCAUGUUGUCCUGGCUGCAAAUCAGGGUGGGAGUGGACCCGGAUCACGACCCGCAGCCUUCUGCAGCCACCUUCCAGGUCCUACAAGGGGAUGUCCCCCAGGCUGAAGGGCAGAGCAAAACCAAACAAGAGAGCGCCUGGCUCUUCAGGGUGUGGUACACCUUCGAUCACAACUACCUGAAGCCCAUUCUGACGCACAGCGGCCCCCCGCUCGCCUCCACGCUGCCCGGCCGCUGCGGACCCAUGGCCAGCUGUCUGACCAGCCCACGCACCUACGAGUACCAGGAGGAACUGAGGGACGCAGACCGCGACGACAGCGACCUGUCCUUCACCUUCGGCGACGUUGCCAUCGCUACCAACGGGCUGUCCGGCGGCAACGCCAAAGGCUGCGUCGGCGGCGGCGUGUCCGAGGAGGCUCUGGAGCGCGAGCCGGACUCCCGAGAGCGGGAGUUGCUGAGCCGAGGCACGCGCUUGGUGUUCCCCAGUGAGGAUCACAUUUGAGACACGCUUGCAACUUCCUGGAUCCCUUUUUGUUUUGCUCCAAUCAGGCUUCAUCAAGCAUUAUUAACAUUUAUUACCUCUGCCAAAGGACGAGUGUUUCCAUUAUCAGUGUUGGGGGUGGUCGACCCCCUGGAUAUGUUUUUUGUCCAACGAGGCCAAAUAUGACUUGACGCAGGCUCAUAAUUGAACAACUUCAACGAUGAUCAUUAUUAACAUUUAUUACUUCCUUGGUGGAGGUAAUAAAUGUCAAUAUCUUUUCAUGAUGAGGGUUGGGUGUGGCUUUUUUGCAACUUCCUGGGAACUUUUUUUUUUGUUCAACAGGGCCAAAUUUAGUACGACAGUAGAAUAAUGCAGCAAAUGUAACGCCAUUUCCUUUUAUUACCUCCAACAAAAACGAGUCUUUUCAUCAUUACCGUUAGGGUUGUCCGUUUUUUUUUGUUUGUUUACAAUUUCCUGGAUACAAUUAUUAUUAUUAUUUUUUUUUUUGUCCAAUGGGGCCAAAUUUGACACGAUUUAAGCCAAUGAUUCAGCAUCAUGUAACAUUAUUACUAUUUACAUUUAUUACCUCCGCCAAGGAGCUUGUGUGUUUUUGUUUGUCUGCUUGCAUUUUUGGGUCGCUCAAGUGGCCAAGGAUGACUUGACAUAGGUCCUUCAUUUAGCAAUUUAAAAUGAUCAUUUAUUACCACGGCCCAGGAGCUAGUAUUUCUGGGUAUUUGUUUAUUUUUGUCUAAUGAGGCCAAAUAUAACUUGACAUGGGUCUGUAAUUGAGCAACUUCAAAGGUUAUUAUAAUUAACAUUUAUUACAUCCGCAUUGAGUUAUAGUUUUUUUUUGUUGUUGUUUUUUUUAACCCAUCUUCCUGAUUACUUCAUGUUAAUCGAACGGGGCCAAAUAUGACUUAAGUUUGUAAUUUAGCAACGUCAACAAUUAUUGAUUGAUUUAAAAAAAAAAAAAAAAUAUAUUAUUAUUAUUUUGUUUUUUUGGGGUCGUUUGCAAUUUCCUGCAAAUUGUUUUUGUCCAAUGUGGCCAAAUGUGACUUCACUUGAGCCAAUAGUUGCGCAAAUGAAAGAUUAUUGGCAUUUAUUACUGCCAUCAAGGAGCUUACGUUUUCCAUCAUCAGUGUUGGGUUCAUCUGUUUAUUUUUGUGUGUUUUGUUUGCAUCUUCUUGGAUACUUUCCUGUUGUCUGACACGGCCAAAUAUGACGACAUAUGUCUGUAAUUUAUAUGUAAUGCUUUCAUUCAUUUGAUCAUGUUUUUAUUUAUUUAAUUUGAUCGGAAUGAACUGUGCCGAAGUGGAAACUUUAAGGGCAAAUGCAAUCCAUUCUGGGCCGAUUUGAUUCAUUUUCAGUGGAAGUAGAACUAGUCUGUGAACAUUCGUAACUGUUAAGACAAUUGUAAACGGAGAGGUUUACCGCUGUGUAAUUAAACUAAAACACAGUAAAACGACUGCUUUGGAAUAGACACAAUGGAGCGGAGCGAUACUGCCACCUAAAGGCCCGUUAUAGGUAUUGCUGUUGGUGUAGCAUUUCAACCCUUCUGCGGUCGCGACGCAAGGGGGGGGGGGGAAGCUAAACACACUUGGAUAAUGUGUAACACUGGCGGGGUGCCGGACUUUAAAGGUUUGACUGUGUACAAAAAUCAUCCUCAUCUGGAGCAAUUCGCAAUCAACAUGACGAUAACAUAAAACAUUUCAAUCGAGAUAUUCAUUUGCGCAGAUCGCUACAGAUUUUGUUUUGCUGGUUGAGGUUUUGCUCUGACCAACCAAUCAGAGGAGGAAAACAGGCUAACGUAAUGUUGGGCCAGCUAGCCAUCUGAUUGGUUAAAGCACUUUUUUCAGACCAAGUACCACCUAAAUAAGAAAUACUCAAGAGAGUGCCACAAUCAUGACCAAAAUGAAAAUACAGUAGCAUCGAAGGCCUAAGUGUUCAUCAAAAAACCAGACGGCGGUUUUAUUCAUAAAAAGUGUAUUUCAUAUAUUUGUAAGCCACUGUAACUUUACACAUGAUUUGAACAUCAACGUUGCGCUUAUACUUUACGAGGAUGAAAAUGGACAAAAAAAAAAAAAUCCUGAAAUUAUGAUUCAAUGAAAACAUAUUGCACAUAAAUGUUAACGUAAAGAUUGUUCCUACAUACAUUUUUCUAAACAAUUCCAACAGAUCAGAUUCGAUUGUGUUGAACUUAAAAGUUAAAGACAACUGAACUGUAUUGAGGCGGAGAUUCUUUUGCGUAUGUCAUGGCUGAUACAGUUUAAGUUCCACUACUGCUUCUGAAGGCAGAUUCGAUUGGCGUGGCAACACAGAGGGGCUGAAAUCUGAUUGGACAAAAAAAUGACAAAAUCUGAAUAUUCACAAAUAAGUACUGGAAGCAGUGCAGCCAAGAAUGCGCUACCAAAUAAAGAGAAGAAAUAGAC